CUUCCCUACCUUAUAUACACCACCGAUUUCCUUCGCUUGGUUGAUAGGAAGCAAUGCUGAGCUUCUUCUCUCGACUAAAGUGGGUUCGAAAGUCCAAGAAGACACAGAGCAGUAAAAAGAAGGACGAGAUCUCAAAGGUAUCGUCUAGAACAAGCGAAUCCACAAACUCCAGCUCGCAACCAAAAAUCCAGACAUCUUCAGUCUACACCAACGGAAGACGUUUUCAAGCUUACAAAGAUUGCAACUAUAUCCUGCCCAACGAUGACACAGAAAUUGACAGGUUACAUCUUGAGCAUUGGCUUAUGAAGAACGUAUUGGGCAGAAAUUUCAGUGUGCCCAUCGAACCUGAAUUGGACAGGGGUAUCAAAGUGCUGGACGCUGGUUGUGGAGGUGGUACCUGGGUUCUGGAAAUGGCUAACGAGUACCCGAACAGCGACUUCACAGGCAUUGAUGUUUCCGUUGGCUGGCCUACUGAAAUCAGACCACGCAAUAGUGAUUUCGUCGUGGGCAAUAUCGUCAGUGAAUUGCCCUUUGAAGAUAACACCUUCGAUUUCGUCUACAUGCGCUUAGUUGGUAUGGGUGUGUCCAACGAUGAAUAUCCCACUGUGUUGUAUCAUAUAUACAGAGUGCUCAAGCCUGGAGGUUGGGUAGAAUUAGUCGAAGUGGACGGUGCACAAGUAUAUCGAGGCAGAAGAUCCUCUCAAUUUUGGAACGCAGUACUUCAAUAUCUAAAAAUGCGUGGAUUCAAGACGGGUAUUGUCAAAGAUCUUUACCAGAAGGUAGAGGAUGCCGGUUUCGUCAACAUCGACGGUAUGAGAGUUCGUAUCCCUCUAGGAACCUGGGGUGGAAAGCUUGGCGAGGUUUUCGAAGAAGAUGUCUUGGGCGCCUACAGAAGUCUGCGACCUGUUAUACAGCCAAUGCUAAACUUCAGCGACGACGAUUUCCAGAGUUUGCUGGACAAUCUACCAGCGGAAAAUAACGAAGUGAGGCAAGAGAUGAACUGGUUCAGUAAUUGGGCUCAAAAACCUACCCCUGAACAGAUCAGAUUCAGAUAGAUGUAUACCUAGUAGCCAUUCGUAUAGUAAAGUGUGGCAAUAAUCAUUGUUUCUAUUACGUUGUAGCCGCCUCCCACUUUUAUCUCAUUUCUUGGGGGGUGUUUGUAUGAUUACUGUCAUAUAUAAGAGAUAGCGAGUUCGCAUCUUCAUAUUAUUGAACUUGAAUAUAUAUAUUUUAGGUAAUUAGAU